UCUGCUCUUUCUCUGUGAGGAAGCGCCUCUUUCUCUCUCUGUCUCUGCAUUAGUUUCCCUUGGCCAUGCACCUUUACAGUUUUCUUUCCAGCUAGGACUUUGCUGAAUACACUCAGUUGAUUUCCCCCAGCUAAAACAUGCCAUGUGUGCAGAGAAACUGGAUUGCCAACUUUUCCUUUUGGGUCCAGUUCCUUCUGAUGGAAGUGCUUUGCUAUGGUAGAAAUCCUCCACCGGGCAGAUUUUUCUUUCCAGACAAGAGGCAAGAGCACUUUAUCCGGACGCUGCAAGAAUACCACGUGGUUGGUCCUGCAAAAGUAGAUGCAAGCGGCCAUUUUCUCUCUUACAGUUUACACCAUCACACCUCAGAUACCAGGAGGAAAAGAGACUUCAGUAGAAAGGAAAACCUUGUGUAUUAUAAAAUUAACCACAAGGAGAAGGAGCUGUUUUUCAACUUGACUGUCCAUCGAGGAUUCCUUUCUGCUAACUAUGUAUUGGAAAGGAGAUACGGGAACCACACUGGUGCAAAGAUUGUACCUUACACAGGAACUUCAUGUCACCUCAUUGGUACAGUCUUGCAGCCAAAUUCUGGGAAUGGACCAGCAGCGAUCAGCACUUGCAAUGGGCUGGUCUUAUCAAAGCUAUUGGAGUCUCUGCUAGUAAUUGGUUUUAAAGCAAUCAAAAGUCCUCAAAUAUUUCAUGAAGCUGAAAAUCCUGUUGACCCCACACUUUAA